AUGGGCAUAUCAUCAGCCUUGGCCAUGGUCUUCAUGGGGGCAAAGGGAAACACCGCAGCUCAGAUGUCUCAGGCACUCUCUUUUAGUAAAAUUGGAGGUGAAGAUGGAGAUAUUCACCAAGGUUUUCAGUCACUUCUUGCUGAAAUUAACAGAACUGACACUCAGUAUUUGCUUAGAAUUGCUAACAGGCUCUUUGGAGAAAAGUCUUAUGACUUCCACACAUCUUUUACAGAUCCCUGUGGCAAAUUCUACCAAGCAAAGCUAAAACAGCUUGAUUUUCUGAAUGAUACAGAGACAUCCAGAACACAAAUAAACACCUGGAUUGCUGAAAAAACUGAAAGUGAAAACAUAUUGCUAUUUUAUUUCAAUAACAUUUUAAACAGUAAAAUUACAGAGAUGCUCUCUCCAGAUUUAGUUGAUUCAUUGACUAAGCUGAUUCUUGUGAACGCCAUCUACUUCAAAGGAAACUGGGAGAGAAUUCUGGAGGUGGGAGAGGCCAAGCCUGAUGUGGGUCGUAAGAGAAAGUUUCAGGGACUCACUCUCUCUUCUGCUCUGUCUUCUUUACUUCCAUGA